CUCUGGAGUGGGAUUUAAAUAGCCUCGGCCGGGGUUGCAGCCCCUGGGGAUCGGACACGACGGGGUUGGGGGCGUCUUCGGAAAGUAGGGCCCUUGAGCUGCUCUGCGGGACGGCAAGAUCGAGAGGUUUCCCCUCCUCCGCGUCGGGGAAGAGAGGGCAGGAAGGAAAGUUGCCUGAAGUGUAAUAACGGUAUUGCAGCUGUAGGUUCGGGUCAUUUAAGACGUAUGGGGUAAAAUGACCGUGUGUGACACUUCGUUGUUUUUAAGUAACAAUUUGAUGUGACACAGGGGUAAGAGAACUUGUAGCCCUGUGCUUGCUCGCAGCUGCCUUUUCUUCUGCCUGUAGUCCGUGGCGUGGGGAGGGGCUGGCGCACCCCCUCGCGUUCAUUUAGGACUGGUCAAGGCCGCAGGAACGUCACUCAGCCGCCAGCUCGCACAUUAAUUCACUCUUCCAGUGCCUCUUGGGGAUUAAUUUGAAUUCCUGGACCCCGCUUCCAGUAACAGCCAGAAUUUAUACAGAAUGUCAUCAGACGGGGAGAUAUGCUCACCUCCGGUUUUGCAAAAAGACUCCGACCGAGGCAGUUCUGUCUCCUCAGAUCUUCAGGAAGAGUAUGAAGAACUGCUUCGUUACGCUAUAGUGACUCCAAAUAUUGAAGCAGGUGCUUCACAGCCGUCUCAUUCAAAGGGAGAAGCAGUGCCAGAUAUUAAAAUUCCUACUAUAAUUGAUGAUAUUCUUCAAAAUCCAGGAAAUAGCCCUGCAGUGAGAGAAACAAGGAUGGAAGUUGGAAAAGGAUGUGAUUUAAAUACUUCAAGCCAUUCAAAGACAGAUGCAGCAGCAUCCCCAAGGAAGCCGCCUCACCCAGUCAUGGAUUUUUUCAGCUCAAAUCUUUUAGUUGACUCUUCCUCACCAGGGUCUAACUCCAGUCCUGUCGAUGCCCAUGAAAUAAUUGUGACUGAUUUUCUUAUUUCUGAUGAAAACCUUCAAAAGAUGGAAAAUGUGCUUGAUCUCUGGAGUUCAGGUCUUAAGACAAACAUCAUAUCUGAACUAAGUAAAUGGAGACUGAAUUUUAUUGACUGGCACCGAAUGGAAAUGAAAAAAGAGAGAGAGAAACAUGAAGCAGAUUUAAAACAACUGUGCAGCCAGAUCAACAGCUUGAAGGAGCUGCAGAAAACCUAUGAGGUCUCCAUUGGGAGAAAAGAUGAGGUGAUUUCUAGCUUGUCUCAUGCCAUAGGCAAGCAAAAGGAAAGGAUAGAGUUGAUGAGAACAUUCUUCCACUGGCGAAUCAACCACGUCAAAUCAAGGCAGGAUGUUUAUGAAAGUAAACUAGCUGACCAGUAUUUUCGGCGAACUUUACUGAAGAAAGUCUGGAGAGGCUGGCGGGCCGUAGUACAGAAGCAGUGGAAAGAGGUGGUGGAACGAGCUUGUCAAGCCAGAGCUGAAGAAGUCUGUGUCCAGAUUUCCAAUGACUAUGAAGCCAAAGUUGCUCUGUUAACUGGAGCUUUGGAAAAUGCAAAAGCUGAGAUCCAAAGGAUGCAGCAUGAAAAAGAGCACUUUGAAGAUUCCAUGAAGAAAGCUUUCAUGAGGGGUGUAUGUGCGUUAAAUCUUGAGGCCAUGACUAUAUUUCAGAACAGAGGUGAUACAGGAACAGAUUUCACGACCAAUAAAAGGGAAGAGUAUGGGCCUGGUGUUCAAGGAAAAGAGCCUCCUUCUGCUCAUUUGGAUGCUUCAGCCGCUCCGGUGCCCUCGGCGGGCGCAGUGCCGCCGUCCCCGCCAGCAGCGGCCCUCGGAGCCCCCUGCGCGGCUGCCUUUCCCUCGGCGGCUUCCGUCACCUCUGCCGGCGCCGCUUCCGCUUCCUCAGCCCACCUCCCGGUCUCGGCGCCCCAUGGCGCUGGGCUGAUCGCUGCAGCUUCUGCUGCACAGGAGGAAAUGUGUGGGCCCAGGGUGGUGACGUCAGCACAACAGAAAGCUGGGAGAACAAUCACAGCCCGGGUCACAGGGAGGUGUGAUUUUGCUUCAAAAAACAGAAUCAGUAGCAGUUUGGCUAUAAUGGGAGUUUCUCCUCCCAUGAGCUCCGUUAUUGUGGAAAAACAUCAUCCGGUCACAGUGCAAACCAUUCCUCAAGCUACUGCAGCAAAAUAUCCGCGGACCAUUCACCCUGAAGGUAGUACGUCAGCUUCCAGGUCUCUUGGAACCAGAUCAACUCACACCCAGUCUCUCACAAGCAUUCAGUCCAUAAAAGUGGUUGACUAAAAUGAAUAUGUUCAUAUAGAGGGCUUUUAAUUCUUCUGGCUUUACCAAGAAUUAGAAGUCUUUAGUUUUUAAUAUUUCAUAUUCUUAGAACAUUAUGGAUAUAUCAUGUUCAUUUUUUCAAAGUUACAAGAGACUUUUUCAAGCUGUACCAUCCGUUGUAACUAUAUGUAGAAUUAUUUUAAUGUUAUUUUUUAUUUAAGCAAUUAAGUAAAACGUUUUUUUAAAUUAAAAAA